AUGGGAAUAAUGUCAUCUCGUUCUUGGCCAAAUUUUAGAAAAAUGAUCGAGGAAGCUUCACCUCAACCUUCGCGUAAUCAAGAUAUUUCGGAACCACAGAGCUCAUCAUUAAUGAAGAAAGUUAAAGACAAGAUUCGAACUGGACCGAAGAAUUACGACAAGCUCUCCCCUAGUGAAGAUACUUGUCCGGAGGCGAUGGAGUCAGCAUUACCGUCGCGCGUGCAAAAGAGGGUCGACCGAUUUUGUCAAGCUCACGGAUUCUCUCACCCCUUGAAAACCGAUUCGCCUCAUGUUCCGGGAAGAAGCCCCGGCGACGCUCAAGAUAAAAUUUGA